UCUCUUAUAUUUCACCUAAUUAAAACUACCCCCAAUAAAUACCCUUUAAACAAACGAAGUUUCCUGGAAGUUGCCCUUGCCAUGGCUUUCUCCCUCCAUUUAACGCCCCUGCCCUCCUCUCUCUCUCUCAUCCUUCCCCCAUUCUCUCUCUCUCCUCACUCUCCUACCCCUCUCUCCCAACUCCACCUUGCAUUCUCCUUGUACUUUUUACGUUUCCACCAUGACACUCAUGAACAAAAUCAACCCCAAACAACUCUUCACCGCCAGAUCCAAAAAAACCCGCUCCGUCUCCCGCUCCGAGCCCUCCUCCUUCAGCUCCAGUUCAUCCUCGUCCGACUCUCCCGAAUCGCCAUCAAUCCACCGCGAAAAGUCCAAAACCGGAAAAGCCACGCCGAGGAGCGUGCUGCCGCCCUCAGAAUUCCACCAAUUCGACUUCGUCCAAGCGUUCAAAAUGAUGGACAAGGACAACGACGGUAAAAUAACGAGGAAGGACCUGGAAAGCUUGCUGAGCCGGGUCGGCGGGGACGAGGACGAGAUCGUGACGAUGUUGAGCGAGGUCGAUGCGGACGGCGACGGCUGCAUCAGCCUGGAGGAGUUCGGCGCGAUCAGCUCGGCGUUCGGGCCGCCGUCGUGCGACUCGGAGUUGCGGGAGGCGUUCGAUUUCUUCGACGCCGACAAGGACGGGAAGAUCACGGCGGAGGAGCUGCACGCGGUGUUUGGCACGAUCGGGGACGAGCGGUGCACGUUAGAGGACUGCAGGCGCAUGAUAAGUGGGGUGGAUAAGAACGGGGACGGGUUCGUGUGUUUCGAGGACUUCUCGCGUAUGAUGGAGCAGCAGAGGUGAAUGAACGAAACCGUCGCCGUUUUGAUGGGCUGUCGCGGUCGGGGGUUUAUUUGUGGUGUUCCUGAUGCUGAGGAAGAAGUUUCCUGUAAUUUUUGGUUUUUUUUUUUUGUGGUUUUUUUUUUUGUGGUAGUUGAAAACCGUCCGAUCAAAAGCCGUGAGCAAUCGGACGGCCUGGAUUGCUUUAUGUAUCUGUUUUCAAUCUGCCGUAUAUAUGAGGAAAUUAAUUACUCCUAUCGUUACGCAACAAUGAGA